CUCCUGUGCCAGCCUGCGCAGGCCCUCACUCCCAGACAGGCUUUUCCCAGACAGUCAAAGGCGAAGAUCAAGAGAAUGUCAUCCCAGGCAGCAGGAAACCAGACCCCUGAUGCCACAGAGGACUACUCCUAUGGCAGCUGGUACAUUGAUGAGCCUCAGGGGGGAAUGGAGCCCAAGCCUGAGGGGACGGUAAUCUUGUGCCAGGCCAGUGUAUCACCCAACCUCUUCCACGCCUGCCUCGCCUCACUCUCGGUUCUUGUGCUGUUGUUGCUGGCUCUGCUGGUGAGGCGUCGCCAGCUAUGGCCCCACUGUGGGUACAGCAGGCCCGGGCUGCCCAGCCCUGUGGACUUCUUGGCUGAGGACGAGCCCCGGAUGGUGCCCGCUGCUGUCUUCAUGGUCCUCUUCAGCUCCCUGUGUUUGCUACUCCCCGACGAGGACUCGCUGCCCUUCUUGACCCUCAUCUGGACGCCCUUCCAAGGUACCAGUGCAGCUGAGCGUGGGCUCUGGAAGAUGCUGGCUCUACUCUAUUACCCGCUCCUCUACUACCCUCUGGCAGCCUGUGCCACGACGAGGCACAGAGCCGCAUCCCUCCUUGGCAGCAUGCUGUCCUGGGUCCACUUUGGAGUUCAGGUCUGGCAGAAGGUGGAGUGUCCCCAGGCACCCAAGAUCUACAAGUUCUACUCCCUGCUGGCCUCCCUGCCGCUCUUCCUGGGCUUGGGAUUCCUGAGCAUCUGGUAUCCUGUGCAGCUGGUGAGAAGCUUCAGCCGCCGGUCAGGAGCAGACUCCCAGGGCCUGCAGGGCAGCCUCGCUGAGGAGUAUCUGAAGGAUCUCCUUCGCAGGAAGAAGCUGGAAAGCAGCUCUCACACCUCCAAGCGUAACUUCCUGUCUCGGGCCUGGAUCUGCUUCAAGCACCAUAUCUACAUCCCUCAGCAAGGAUUCCGACUCCCCUUGAAGCUGGUGAUUUCCGCCACUUUGUCAGGGACAGCUAUUUACCAGGUGGCGCUGCUGUUGGUGGUGAGCGUUGUCCCCACCAUGCAGACGGUGAGGUCAGGCAUCACCACGGAUGUCUCCUACCUGCUGGCCGGCUUUGGCAUCGUGCUCUCGGAUGACAAGCAGGAGGUGGUGGAGUUGGUGAAGUACCACCUGUGGGCACUGGAAGUUUGCUACAUCUCUGCCCUGGUCCUGUCCUGCUCACUCACUUUCUUCGUCCAGAUCCACUCGCUGGUGAGGCACAGGGCCAAUCUGCGAGCUCUGUACCGAGGGGCUGCCCUGGACCUAGACACCCGACCGCAAAGCUCCCACGCUUCUCGGGAGGUCAUAUUCUGUUGGAUGAGCUUCAGCGCCUACCAGACCGCCUUCACCUGCCUCGGGCUGCUGAUACAGCAAAUCAUCUUCUUCUUGGGGACCACAGCCCUCACCUUCCUAGUGUUCAUACCUGUGCUCCACGGCAGGAACCUCCUUCUCCUCCGAGCCCUGGCGUACUCAUGGCCCUUCUGGUUGAUCCUGGUCAUAGCUGUGACUCUGCAGAACAUGGCAGCCCACUGGGCCUUCCUGGAUACUCAUCACGGACGCCCCGAGUUGACCAACCGGCGAGCCCUCUAUGCAGUCACCUUCCUUCUCUUCCAAAUCAACACGCUGGUGGGCAUCCUAGUGGCCUCCUGCCGAGUGCUCCUCUCCGCCCUCCACAAUGCCAUCCACCUCUGCCAGAUGGACCUCAGCCUGCUGCCACCUAGAGUUGCCACCUUUGACCCUGGCUACCACAUCUACCGCAACUUCUUGAAGAUUGAGGUCAGCCAGUCGCACCCAGCCGUGACAGCCUUCUGCACUCUGCUUCUAAGAGAACAGAGACCCCAGCUCCGGCCUCCUGUCCUCAGGCCUGAGGAUGAAGAAGAAGGGGUGCAGUUGUUGCAAACCAAGGAGCCCACAGCCAAGGGAGCAGGACCAAGGGCCAGCCACAGCAGGGCUCGCUGGGGUCUGGCCUACACGCUGCUCCACAACCCAGCCCUGCAGGCCUUCCGGAAGCCGGCCCUCCCAGGUGCCUCAGGCAACUGGGUGAACGGAGCCCAGGCCUGA